AUGGAUGAAACGAUCACAACACAGGCCUCUCUGAGCAACACGACUUCUGGACUCACAAAUCCUCAGGAGUUUGCUUACGACCCCUGUGAAAGACCAAGUCAUGACAUCUUGAUAAUUUCGUGUGUCUGCACUUUCAUCUCUGUCUGUGGACUUGUGGGCAACGUGGUGGUGGUGUGGUUCCUGGGCUGCUGCAUGAAGCAGAACCCCUUCACUGUCUAUGUCCUCAACUUGGCCAUUGCUGACUUCUCCCUGCUCCUGAUCCUGCUCGUUAACCUGUUGCUGCACUUCAUUAUUUCACCUGAGUAUUGCAUUUCCCAUUAUGUCUUUUUCAUGAUCAAUUCUAUCCUCUUCAUUCUGUUCCUGUUUUGCUACUUUGCUGGCAUGUACCUGCUGACAGCCAUGAGCGUGGAGCGGUGCCUGGCUGCUCUGUUCCCACUCUGGUACCGCUGCCACCGCCCAGAGCGGUUGUCAGGCAUCCUGUGUGGGGUGCUCUGGACUCUGGCUGCACUUUUUGCUACUUUGCUGUUUGUUGUAUGUUUUUUCCAUGAAAGCUGCCAACAACUGUUCUAUGUUUUAAGCAUUGUGAACUUUGUCCUCUUCUCUUUCUUCCCGUUUCUUUCCAACCUGGCCCUGUUCAUCAAGCUCCGAUGCGGCUCGCAGAGACGACACCCAGGGAAGCUCUAUGUUACUGUCCUGCUCAGUGUCACCUUCCUGUUCAUCUUGGGCUUUCCUUUCAGUGUAGAGGCUUUCAUUGCUAUGUAUUAUCCACGAUCUUACUACAUUUCUUGCUUGCUGACAUCACUGAACAGCUCCAUCAAUCCUUUCCUCUACUUCCUGGUGGGGAGCUGCCGGCAGCGCCGCUUCCAGUGCUCCCUCAAAGUCGCCUUCCGAAGGUUAUUUGAAGAGGAAGCCACAAGAGAGGAGAGGAGCCAGAAGCCUGGAGAUGCCAUGGUGGAGAGCAGCGUGUGA